UUGUUGUUGAACGGACCGCAAGCCUUUUUAAGUCUAUAGAUAUGGCCCAUAUAAGCGACUCAAAGAUCAAGGAGUACUACGAUGUUGCUCUGGACUUAGUUAUCAAAUGUGGUCCCAUAUUUAGGGAGGGCUACAAUAAAACAAACAAAGAGGUUAUGGUGAAAGCGGCCUUUUUUGACCUUGUCACCGUCUACGACCGUCAAAUUGAAGAAAAGCUAACCGAGGGUCUACUGAAAGCAUUCCCUGAAUCACAUUUCAUAGGUGAGGAAGCGUUAGCUGAUACGAAGCAGCUGCCGGAGCUGACAGAUGCACCUACAUGGAUCAUUGAUCCCAUCGAUGGCACCACAAAUUACAUACACAGGCUUCCGCAUUGUGGUAUUUCGGUUGCUUUGGCGAUUGAUAAGCAGCUUGCGGUGGGCAUUAUCUACAACCCAGCGGCAAAUGAAUUGUACUCGACGUGGAGGGGACACGGAGCCUUUCUAAAUGGUGAACCCAUUAAAGUAUCCAGUGCGGCUACGAUGUCCAGCGCGGUGGUAGGACACGAAAUAACGCUCGUUAAUGUGGCUCCAUUGCGUGAUAGAUGCCUUAAACGUGCUUAUAAACUGGGUUCUGUAGCUGCUGGCACGCGAUGCUUAGCAAGUGCUGCCUUAUCCCUGGCGUAUGUAGCAAAGGGCACUCUGGAUGCUUAUCACGUGGACUAUCUAAAGCCCUGGGAUGUAGCUGCCGGAGUGCUGCUGGUGCGCGAAGCCGGCGGGGUGGUACAUAAUACAAAUGGCAGCGUGUUUAAUUUAAUGAAGCCAAACCUUGUGGCCGCCGGCACAGAGCCGCUUGCCCAGGAGAUCAUACAACUGAUCGAGCAAUCAGCUCAAAUUAAGGCCUACACAUUCACUUAGUUUAUAAGCCAAUUACUGCACUUACAUUGGGCGGCAUGCCGUGCGUUUGAUAGCCAAUCGGCGACAUAUUCGGUCCAGCUGGUG